GCGCAGUCGACAGAGCACAAAAAGCCGGUGGAACAACACCAUCAGCGGAGAUAGUAACAAGAAGUGAACAGGUUCUUUGGCAAUAGGAUGUUCGGAAGUGUGACUUGCGGCGCCCUGGAACCCUUUUUGUCGGUCGAUGGCGUCGACGAGAUUUUCAACGGCGUAGAAAAGAAGAAGAAGAAAGUACGGGUGCUUAGAUGGAGCAGCAACGAUGGCGACAGGGACAGAGAUUGCGACAGCGACUGCGACAGCGACUGCGACUGGGCGAUCGUGGUUGCAACCAGCGAAUUCGACUCGAAAACCUACCACGUGCACCGCAGCGUCCUCGGCGCGGGGCCCAGGAAAAGUGUCUUUUUCUCGAAACUCUUUCGGAAAGGAAACAAGGCCGGAAGCAACUCGACGAGGAUCCAAUUGGAUGAGCAGGAUGCCGAGUCGUUCCCGCUGUUUCUCGAUUUUGUAUACGGUGCAGCCCCCGGUGCCGACGAAAGCAACUCCAAGUCGCUGAAACUGAACGUAAGAGAAGACUUUGGUGCGCCAAACGCGGUUUCCUUAAGACACUUAGCAAAGGUAUUUGACUGCGAAGGUCUUACUCUUGCCGUAAAUACAUUCAUUCAAAAGGAUCUUUCUCUUCGGACGGGACCGGUGUAUCUUGUAGAAGCCCACCAUUAUGAAGACAACCGACUCAUCGAGUCUUCCAAGAGAUUGUGCAUCGAAAAUUUUGCGCUAUUGGAUACGAGAGCGAUUGUAGGUCUUCCCCCGGAACUCUUCCAAUCCGUCAUGUCCGGGGUCAUCAGGAGAGCCAAGAGCGCUCACGAAAGUACUCCCGAAGAAGAAAACGCGCUUGGUUACCAUGUCGGCGAGGUCGUUUGCCAAUACUUUGAAAAAAAUCCCCAUGAACUGAGCGCCCCACUGCUUCUAGAGCUCACGGAUGAGGAGGUCAUAAAGGAAAUUGCACCAGAACCAGCCAUUGGGAUAACGGCACUGAUCCGAGACUUGGAUGCAAAGGAGAUAAGACCAAAUUCAGGGGAAUGGAGGGGCGUCGUUGGACUUUCUCAGCGUUGUGCACGGGCUAUAGUACGGGAAUACGGUUGGAAAGAUUUUAAUGUCAAAUCGGCACUAGAGGAAUAUCUCUACGGACCAUGUGCUGAUGGCGAUUCUUCCUCUACAAAACUGGAUUCCUUACUUUUUGCCACGUCCUUUGCGGCAACUCUAGAGGGCGCUCAAAACGAGACGAGGACGCCAUUCAAAAAACAGGGAGUAAGACUUCAACAACAAAACGAUGAACUGCAACGGCAAAAUCAGAAACUGAAAGAAGAAGUGGAUCAAUACAAGAGCAUGGCAGCAAGCACAAAAGAAGAAUACUUGCUCCUAAAAGAGCAAGUGAAGAGUCUAAAGCGGCGGCAAAAUUUUUGAUUCGACAAACCCUCUUGCACCGUAUGAGACGUGCACUAUCAACAACAUCAAGCCGCCGGGGGGGAUAAGGAUUUCAAUGUGGAUAGUAGCAUUCAUAAUGCAUAAAGUACUACUUGCACCUGCACAAACUCCAUUUCUUUUGCUCGUUGCGUUUCUUGUUUGCAGCGUUUAUGAUUUGUUACUAGAAAUCCGUCCUGGGAAUAUUGGUAAUGCUUGUAGUAGUAGUACUAGUACUACUGUCUUGCAUUCGACAGGUAAACUUUGCUGUUGACGUUCUAUUCUUUUGCUAUUUCGUACUAGUGUGGCAAUGUAUCAUUUUUGCCUCACAAGACACAAGAAUGAAGCACAGCAAAGAAAAAGUGGUAAUGGUUCUAUUUCUUGUUCUUUUACUCGUAGUAUAAUAGUAGUAGUGAGUGAAGUUGAUUCAAGGGGUUCAAAUCUAACCUUCACUUCUAAUAUAACUGAUACCACUGC